UAAAAAAAGUGGUUGGGGCCCACUGUUUUUCUGGGUGCAAUGUAGGCAAAUGCAAAAUCCUUGCAGAGCCGUCCCUUCCCUUUAGCUUCUGCAGCUGCCCGAGCUGGAACGUUCAUAGAUAGGGAGAGCUGCGAUUGUUACCAAGUCAGAAAAUUGCAAUUAGGGUUUUUAUCUGAAAAUUUUGUUAUCUAUGGCUUCCUUUAUCCUCUCUAACCCUACUAUUUCCUCUCCUUUCCUCCCCCAGAAACUCACUAAACAUGAGCAAAUUACUAGAAAUGCGACAACACUUUAUAGCCCUAUUUCAAGAAACACUAGAACCCUUUUAAGCGUUAAGUGUGCAGUGGAUGCACCUUAUGAAGGUAAUAUCCCAAAGUUUCCUCGAAUGAGUGUUUGGGAUCCUUAUAAGUGUCUUGGUAUCAGUCCAUAUGCUUCUGAGGAGGAAAUUUGGUCAUCACGGAAUUUUCUCUUAGAACAAUAUGCUGGACAUGAGAGAAGUGAAGAAUCGAUAGAGGCUGCUUUUGAGAAGCUGUUGAUGACCAGCUUUAAAGAAAGGAAGAAAACAAAAAUUAAUUUGAAAACCAGGCUAAAAAAGAAAGUGGAAGAGUCUCCACCUUGGGUUAAGGCUUUACUCAAUUUUGUGGAACUUCCUCCAGUUGAAGUUAUUUUUAGAAGAUUAUUCCUCUUUGCAUUCAUGGGUGGCUGGAGUAUCAUGAAUUCUGCUGAAGGUGGACCUGCUUUUCAGGUGGCAGUGUCUUUGGCAGCUUGCAUAUAUUUCCUCAAUGAGAAGACAAAGAACUUGGGCAGAGCUUUCAUUAUUGGCCUUGGAUCUCUUGCAGCUGGGUGGGUAUGCGGCUCAAUAUUUGUUCCCAUGAUUCCAACAGUUCUAAUACACCCAACUUGGACACUCGAACUCCUGACUUCAUUGGUAGCAUAUCUUUUCAUGUUUGUGGCAUGUACUUUUCUCAAGUGAACUCACAACUACUUGUCACUAAUGCUGGGAAUUGUACUCAAGUUAACUGCAUUUCUAUUUUUAUUUUAAUUCUCCUGUUCUUUUAUAGAAUUUGAAUGCCAUGAAGUUGGGAAAUCUAUGAUGCACCUUUAACCUUA